UGUAUAUAUGUACCACAAUUUGUUUCGUGGUAUCGUCCGUUAGUUGCUUUUGCUGACCAGUGGGUUGAUUUAUUGAAUACACUGGAUGAAGAGUAUAUACCUUUCUGCGCAAGAGUUUAGAGAAAUUUUCUAAUAAUAAGAACCAUACCUUAUCUUGUUAUAAUCCAUUAAGGAUAGAACAUUCAUUAAAGAUAGUACUUAAUUAAUCUCCUUAGAUAUCUGUACCUACAUACAUAUUAAUACGAAACCAUGCUACGAGUAGAUACAAAUAGUACUUUGGUGCAAGACGCUGCCAAUCUGGAAGGCGAAGUCAGGGAGUUGUCACCAGAGCACAGGGAGCGGAUCGCGGUGUUUCUUGAAAAUACGGACAGUUUGCUGACGGAAGCAGAAAACAUUUACAAUUUUGUCCCGUCAACUGCUGUUAGGUGUGCAGGCGGAGGAAGAAGUGGUGCAAGCAUCGGAAAUGGCGCGAAUAAUGGAAACGGCGGGGGCGGCGAUAUUUCUGGCGAUGAGGAGACCCGGGAGAAUAUUCGAAAUGGACGGGAGUGCGCAAAGAGGAUUCGCCAAGCUUUUAUCGUCGUGGGCGGUAUUGCUGGGGCAGUGGGUGGUGCUUGGGCGGGUGUGACAUUGUGCGCAGCGGCCGGUCCCUGGGGAAUGUUGGCUGGCGGUGUGAUUGGAGGUAUUCUGGGGCUAAUUUCGGGUGGAUUUGUGGGAUCCAUCCUGGCAAAUUUGCUCCUCCUCCUGAUAGAUAAACUGAGGAAGAUUAAGCUGUCCAUUCAGACGAGUUUUGGCAGUUCUGAUAUUGUCUUUACACUAUAAGGGAGUAGGUGGAUGAGUAGGCCCGUUGGUUUUGUUUGUUAAUUUCUUUUCUUUUUCGAUAGUAAAGUAACAUUCACUAAAACUGCCGUACGUUUCUAACUGAUGUUUUAAUUAACUUGAUAGCUGAAUAAAUUAAAGAAAUUCAAGUGUCUGUG